CCUGCCUCUGCCGGCCCAGCGAGCGGGGUUGCAGCUUUACACCGAGGGCCAGGCUUGGCCUUUGGGUUGGGGGCAUGGCAGGCAGUAGAGGGGACGCCCGUCUCACUGGAGCACUGAGCAGCGCCAGGUGGGCGUAUCCCUGGGAUCACCUCUCUGCAACCUCCCCUUCCUGGCGCCAGGCAGAGUUUGGACUUAGGUUGAAGUCCGUGGCCCCGAGGCAGGAUUCAGGCUGUUCUCAGUCCCACGGGGCUGUUUUGCUGUCCUGUUCAGUAUCCCGCUCCCUCCCUGUCCGGCCGGAGUGAGACAGAAAUUCCCCUGGAUUCACCCCCAGAGCUGCGUCUCCUGUCUGACCCCCAAUCUCUUGCCCCAGGUGAGGGCAGCUCUGCUAGGAGGAAUCGGGUCCCUUUUCCUUGCUGGGAUUCGCUCUGCCCACGGAGGUGUCUCAAUCCUGCCCCCAUGCAGGUCUCCAAGAAGCUGGUGAACUCGGUGCCAGGCUCUGCGGACGAUGCUCUGUCUGGGCUGGUGGCCUGUAAUCCGGCCAUCCAGCUCCUGCAAGGGCACCGGGUGGCACUGCGAUCUGACCUGGAGAACAUUCGGGGACGGGUGGCACUGCUGUCUGGAGGAGGGUCAGGACACGAGCCCGCACAUGCAGGGUACAUCGGGAAGGGGAUGCUCACCGGAGUGGUGGCUGGCGCAGUCUUCACCUCUCCCGCAGUAGGAAGCAUACUGGCAGCGAUCCGGGCGGUGACGCAGGCUGGCUCAGCCGGGACCCUGCUGAUCGUGAAGAACUACACUGGGGACCGGCUGAACUUCGGGCUGGCACUGGAGCAGGCGCGGGCGGAGGGGGCCGACGUGCAGAUGGUGGUGGUGGGUGAUGACAGCGCUUUCAUGACGCAGAAGAAGGCAGGGAGAAGAGGGCUGUGUGGUACGGUGCUCAUACACAAGGUGGCAGGGGCACUGUCGGAGGCAGGGGCGAGCCUGGAGGAGAUUGUUCGCAGGGUGACGGCUGCUGCGGGAGCCAUGGGUACCUUGGGCGUGAGCCUGUCCCCCUGCAGUGUCCCUGGCUCAGGGCCUACCUUUCAGCUGGCUCAGGACGAGCUGGAGCUGGGCCUGGGGAUUCAUGGUGAGGCAGGCGUGCGCAGGAUGAAGAUGGUGCCGGCGGAUGAAAUCGUCAAGACGAUGCUUGAUCACAUGAGCAGCCCUUCCAACGCCUCGCGCGUGGCCUUGGAGCCCGGGGCCUCUGUGGUGCUGGUGGUGAACAACCUGGGCGGCCUGUCCUUCCUGGAGCUGGGUGUGGUGGCUGGUGCAGCCGUACGCUGCCUUGAGGACCGAGGUGUUCGCAUCGCCCGAGCUCUGGUUGGUGCCUUCAUGACGGCGUUGGAAAUGGCCGGUGUCUCUCUCACCCUCCUGCUGGCAGAUGAUGAGCUCUUGGGACUGAUCGAUGCUAAGACCACAGCUGUGGCCUGGCCCAACCUGGCUCGAGUGCCUGUGACAGGCCGGAGCAGAGUGCUGGCUGCACCUGAGGAGGGACCUACCGUGGAGGAGCCUGUCCCAGCUGGAGCACCAGCCUCCCUGCAGGUGCGGCUGGUUCUGGAGCGGGUGUGCAGUACUCUGCUGGGCCUGCAGGAGGAGCUCAACGAGCUGGACCGCGCAGCGGGGGACGGCGAUUGUGGCAGCACCCAUGCCCGGGCCGCCAGGGCCAUACAGGAGUGGUUGAACUCGUCACCCCUGCCUACCCGGCCGUCCCAGCUCCUCUCCACCCUGGCCAGGCUGCUGCUGGAGAAGAUGGGGGGGUCCUCGGGGGCGCUGUACGGACUGUUCCUGACGGCGGCUGCACAGCCCCUGCAGAGCCGCAGCGACCCCGCGGCCUGGGCUGCUGCCGUGGAGGCUGGCAUCGAAGCCAUGCAGCGGUACGGGGGAGCUGCGCCGGGGGAUAGGACCAUGCUGGAUUCGCUCUGUGCUGCUGCUGAGGAGCUGCGCGCCCUGCAGGCCCCGGGCGCCAACCUGCUGCCAGUGCUGACCAAGGCAGUCCAGAGUGCAGAGGCUGCGGCUGAAUCUACCAAGAACAUGGAAGCAGGCGCUGGCAGGGCUAGUUACAUCAGCUCAGCCCGCCUGGAGCUACCGGACCCAGGGGCCGUGGCAGCAGCGGCCGUUCUUCGUGCGGUGCUGGAAGGGUUACAGAGCCAGAGUGCGUGACUUUGCCACCUCCCUCACUUUACCCUCCUCCCCCCACAAGUCCCUGGGAUCCUCCUGUGCUGACUUGCAUACCCUUUGGAGGCUAGACAAGCAGAAGUGAUGUUAAUGGCAGUCCUGGCAAGAGCUGGCUCACUGCUCCUGGAUCUGCCCGGAGCAGGAUCUCACUGGCGGGAAUGGGGGCCAGCAGGGAGACGGGGGUCAGCCCUGUGCCUACGGGGUAGCAGGCCCACUGUCCCCCCAGUUCAUCUCUGCUACUGGGUAUUGUGAGCGUGGUGGCUGUAAUAAAGAGCCCUGCCCCAGA